AUGGCGCCCUCGAUGCACGCGCUCCCGCUCGUGAUAUGCAACAUGGGCUGCGAGAUGAUGUACAUCUUAGAGCAGCGCCUUCGCGCGCAGUCCAUCAAACCGGACAAGGCGGUGAAGGUCCUGGACGACGUCAGCCGCGCGAUGUUCGACGCCUCGUUCGUCGACGAGCUGUUCCGGCCGCAGGAGAUGUACACGGAGAGCAGCCUGAAGCACGUCUUCACGAAGCUCGCGCACGCGUCGAUCAUGCGCCUGAGCGAGAGCAGCAUGGGGAAGCUGUUCGAUCUCAUGACGAUGGGGUUCAAGUACCAGCUCACGCAGUGCCUCACCCCGACGCAGAUCGUGGACGUGACGUUGACGCACGUCGUCACCGUGCGGUCGUACUUGACCGACGAGAGCGUCAUCGCGCUGUUGGACGCGUUCGAGGCGAAGUGCAGGGAUGUGUACGGGAGGUUCACGGUGAACGAGUGGAUCGACCUUCGCGCGGACCUGCACGACUACCUCAAAGAUUACCGCGUGAAGGUGUCGCUGUUCCUUCAGGCGGGCGUGCAGAAAUCCGACGGGUCGUUCUGCGUCCCG